AUGAGUGCGAACCAGCGAGUGAGACCGAACCCGCCGAGCCAAGGGUCCGACUCGUCCGAGUCGGGCAUACACAACGAGUGGAUACUCGUCCUCGUCUUCGAGUCCCUGAAAUGGGACAUUCACACCCUCUGCCUGGCCUGUUUGGUCAACCGGAAGCUCCGAGCCAUCGCGGAACGGAUACUCUGGCGCAAACUCUGCGAGUACCGCGCGCCGCACAUGAUAGAGACAUUGGCCAACGGCGCGCUCAACGGCCGGUUCGCCGGUGGGUGGCACGCGCUGGCGAAGCUGAUGUUCUUUUGCUGUGGGUGUGAGUCAACUCGGCAUUUCAAGAUGAGUCGGCCCUCGCCGGGUCACUUCGUGAAGGCCUCGCGGUUUUCGAAGACGUCGGGUCGGAGCUUCCUGACCAAGAAGUGUCGAGGCGACCUGUUGUACGUGAGCGACCCGUGUGAGCACCCAAUGGGCGAGAAGGAAGAUGAUUUGGGGAUUUAUAGAGGGGUAUUUAAGGGAUUUAGAAGAUCGAGAACCAGGGCGUGCUUGAUUGGACGGCAAGUAGCGCUGGAGGAAAGGGUGACCUGUCCUUAUUGUGGGGCCCGCGUGUGGAGCAUGACCACGGCUCGUCUCGUCCCCAGGAGCGCCGCCAGGCGGCUCGGUUCGCACGAUGGCGGCUUGGACUACUUCGUGUGUCUGAAUGGGCACUUGUACGGCACGUGUUGGCUCGUGCCCUUAACCGAUGACGAGGGUUCUGAAGAGGAAGAGGAAGAGGAGGAUAACGAUGAAGAUAAAGAUUACGGCAGCGAUGAUAAUGGUGGGGUCCGUGUGAUUGAUUACGAUGAGGAUCGGACGGUCACCAAUGGGAUUGACCGAGUAAAAAUGGAGAUUUGA